AUGGUGACGGUGACCAGAUAUAAAAGACAUGGCUCUUUGAUCGCAGCUGUCAAAAGAGAUGACUCGCCAAUUGACAAAAAGAAUCCAAGGACUCAGUUCUCAGACCAAAUUCUCAAGAGAGUCAUAGGAUCUGAAAGGGCUAACCAAGUCUUAACUUCUUUCUCCUAGGGACUUUUACCUAUUUCAGCUUAUCAAUCUACCUUCAACAUUAAUCGUAAUUACAUUUUAAAUCUAAUUUCACAAUAUGUAGAGCUUUACAAGGUAAAAAGUAGUAAUGAUGAGUUUGGUGAGAUGCUAGUAUCAUAACUAAUGACAGUAUAGAAGUAGUAAACAAGGAAAUUUAAAGAUGGGAAAACUGUAGCCAAAUAAGAAUAGAAGGCAGGCAUCUAAAUGUUUUUAGAUGACGGAACAAGUUCAGAGGAUGAGGAUGAGUUUGAUAGUGGCUCUGAUGACGCUAUUUUCUCGUAACUAGAUAAAACUAUCAUGAAUCAAAAUAAGGAAUAGCUUAUUGACUUGGAACUGGUAAACUUGCUGAAGUAUUGCUAAGAUUUAUAUGAGAAGCACAAAAAAGAUAAUGAAAAUUAUUAAGAGGAAAUUAUGAUAAAAUCUGUUGAGCUUGGCAAAAAAGUGAAGGACAAGUUGCUUAUCCUAGACAUGGACGAGACUAUGGUUAGUGCUAGAUUUAAGUCAAAACUGCCAGAUAAAUUUCAAACAAACUUUACUUUUGACUUCCAAGGCUAAGAAAUUCAUGUGCGUGUCCGACCAUAUUUAAUGGACUGCCUUGAAAGAUUAUCUAAAUUGUAUGAAAUUGUAGUCUUUACUGCUGGAGUUCAAGAAUACGCAGACAGGAUUUUAGAUUAGAUAGACCCUGAUAAAUUUCUGAUUAAAAAGAGACUCUAUCGUCAAGAUUGUAUAGAUGUAGGAGGAGAAUUUUUGAUUAAAGACUUAGACAUUUUCAUAGAUAGAGAGAAGGAAAAUAUGAUUAUUGUGGAUAAUUCUAUACUUUCAUUCGGCUUUGACUUAGACAAUGGUGUACCAAUACAGUCAUUUAUGGGCACUGAGGACGAAGACAAGGAAUUAUUGUAUUUAAUCCCAUUCCUUGAAGAUGUCUUCUGCCUGAGUGAUGUUAGAGAACAGAUCCAAGAUUCAUUCAAACUCAGCUUCUUAAAAAACAACAUACUUAACCAUUGA